ACGGCUCCCGGCGGCCCCGCGCGGGCGGCCGCCCCUUCGCCGCCUCCCGCCGGCACCGAGCGGCUCGCGGUGUCGGCACUGCCCGGCUGCCGCCGCCGCCGCCCCGCACCCGCCCGCGCCCGCGCCGGGACAUGGACUCCGACUCCUGCGCUUCGCCGUUUGCCCCGGAGGACUUCUCCCCCGGUUCUCGGCGGCACCGCACCGUGGAGGACUUCAAUAAGUUCUGCACCUUCGUCUUGGCCUACGCCGGCUACAUCCCGUACCCGCAGGAGGAGACGCCGCUGAGGAACAGCCCCAGCCCUCCCAACAGUACUGGAGGCACGAUUGACAGCGAUAGCUGGGAUCCCCGCUUCAAUGACACCCCCUCCUCUGUCUCCCUGCCCACCAAGAACAGAAAGAACUUUAGUCAGCUUAAGCGAGCAAAACCGUAUGGUUCCCUGUUCCAGCGGGCAAAGGCCAGCAACUUCCUGCCAGAGAGAAAGCAAAUCGAUAAGAUCAGGAAAAAGAAAAAGCUGAAAAGGAGGGAAACAGAGGUGUCUGCAGAGGAGGACUAUGAGGAGAAGCUGCUGGACCUGGAGGCAGAGGACUCUUACGCAGAGACGCCGAUGAGCCCCUCGUCAGAGGGCGACCCUCAGUCUGUGACUGAGCACUGCUCGGUGUGGGACUCUGACACCCCGUCCAGCGUCUCCUACCCUGCUGUGACGGCCGAGCAGACGGUGGAGAUCCAGAGCGUGGGCAAACGAACGGUCAUCCGGCAGGGCAAGCAGGUGGUCUUUCGGGAUGAGGAUGGCACUGGUGAUGACGAGGACAUCAUGGUGGAUUCAGAUGACGACUCGUGGGACCUGGUCACUUGCUUCUGCAUGAAGCCUUUCGCUGGGCGGCCCAUGAUCGAGUGCAACGAGUGCCACACUUGGAUCCACCUCUCCUGCGCCAAAAUCCGCAAGUCGAACGUCCCAGAGAUCUACAUCUGCCAGAAGUGCCGGGACUCCAAGUUUGACAUUCGCCGUUCGAACCGCUCCCGGACGGGCUCGCGCAGGCGCUUUCUGGACUAGGGGGAAAAGGCACGUGCUGGUGCUCUGUGUGGGUGGGCGAGCCGUGGGUGCCGGCCGGGAGGCCGGGGAGGGCUCCCCUGAACUGCUGCUGCUCAGGCGGGAGGGCUGCCCAGCCGGCCUGCGGCCCAGGAAUGAGGAAUCGCCGAGCCGCGGGCAGCCGGAGCUGGGAGCGGCCGACUGGGCAGAACUGUGGCAGAGACUCUCGAGGGACAGACGGAGCUCUCUGAGCUCACUGGUUUUGUCUGGUUACGAUGACUGGGUGAUGUACUAUACCUUUGCCAAGUAGGUUUUCUCAUCCCAUUGGGAAACUGCAAAUCUUCUCUGUGCUAGAAAACUCCUCCUCCUCCCAAAGAGGGAGGGGAGGAGGAGGGAGUCUGUGUGAAGAGUCUGAAAAGUAAAUGGCCCUGUGUUUUAAAUUCAAUGUGAUAUUAUACCUGCCCAUUUGUCCAUAUAGAUCAAUCUUAGAUAUCCUAAGACUCCAUAGGAGUCAGCCUCAGUGCUGCCGGCCUCUGUACAAUCUGCUGCUGCUUCCACGGGCCUGAGCAGAGGGGAGUUCUGUCAUUUGGCAUCAUCCAAGUGCAAACCAGACUCCAGGCUCCCUCCUGUGCCAAGGGACAGCGCCCUGGCAGGAAGGAGCUACCCUUUUCCUGGACAGGCAGUGUGGGGAAUCAGUGGCAUCAGAUUCCUUCCUAGAAGGUCUCUUCUUACAGUGGUUUUUUUGUGAUUUAUUUGCAUGAACAGCUCAAAUGUGUGUAUGGGGGGAAACUGCUCCAUUUCCUGUCCCUUCAUUAACCUCUAUGGUGCUGUUUUAAGAAGGUGACUCUCCUUUUUCUCAGCCCAGAAUUCAAACAUGGGCUGUAAAAGAGGCCAAAGGAAAUGUAGAACCUGGCAGGUCUGGUUUGGAAUUUGAUCAUGUCCAUCCAAGUGUGACAGCUGAGUUGAUUUUCCUUUUUGCUGUUUGAUUUUUGGAACUGGACUGUAACCAAAAAGCCAGAAUCUUUAUUCUGUUGGUAGCAACGACACAGAUGAGAUGCAGGUAAUGCAGCUACAGGAUCAAGUGCAAUGAGGAUCCGUCUGGUGUGGACAGGAGAGCACUGAGGCCCUGGCCAGCACUGCAGACAGGACCUCCUGGGCCUUAGCCCAUGGGAGAUUCCUUCAGGACCACGAUGGGAAGUCACAGCUCAAAGACAAGGCCAGGAUGAUGCUGGCAUUGCUCCUCAACGACCAGACAGAUCCACAUGGAUCACACUGACGGGUUGAUGCUUCGAGGUGUUUCUCUGAAGUUGUGCCUGAAGAACAGGCUGUGCUCUGUCCAGCAAGAGGCUCAGAGAAGCACUGGCUGGCACAGCAGCUGCAGCCAGACCAGCUGUGCCAGAGGAACAGGACCCCCAGAGUUCUGCAGUCACACAGCGUUGGAGCACUGCCUUGUCUGAGGACUGGCUCACCGGGAGAUGCAUCCUGGUGAUGGCUGAGGGUCUUGCUAGCACACAGGGUCAAGUGCCCUCCUUCAGACAUUGGCCCCAGGGCUGCCAAAGCCUCAGGCAGCCCAGUACCACGGGGCCCUGGGGCUCCAUGAUGUGGGGCAGGGCGACAGAAGUGCACAACAUGCAACUGUUCUCUCCUGGUUCUUGGUAAAAUUCUCGUUCCACCAAGCUGUAACAGCUGACUGGGUUCAGAAAACGAGCUUCUGUGGAAUCUCUCAACCAUGACUGUGCUGUGCUGCCUUCAGAAGCUAUGUGGAACCACCAAGGAGUUUGCCAAAGACUCGCUCCCAAUGGCUGCCUGACUGUCCUUUGCAGCCAGAAGAAUAACCAAAGUUCUCCAGUGCUGCCAUUUCCCCAGAAAUGCUUUGGAAGAUCCCGGCCACAACUGCACAAGAGUUGGACCUGGUCUGAAAUUCGUAUCUCUUGUGUUUAGUGUGUCUGCAGUUCAACUGGACCUCUGUGGACUGUGUUCCUGAAGCUUUUAUGGGAGAAAUGGUGCAUUGUCAAGUGAACUGGCUCUUUUUCACAGAGGUUCAACACUAAUCAAUGUGACUGACUCUUGUUCUGUCCCCUUUUCAGAUUUAUCCCAGUGGAUGGUGUCCAGCACGUUACAAUAUCAGCAGAGAGAAAUAAAAAAGUAACAUCUCCAUUCUUUUAGUUCAUCACUUUCAGCCAUGUAUAAUUAUAGUUUAAUUCAGAACUUUAUUUUUUCAUUAAAACUUCUAAUGAACCAUGUUUUUUUCUUACAUGUGAGACAAAUGAACAAUGAGUUUGUUAUAUUCCAAACUCAGGAGUCUGCUGUUAUGAUUUAUUGGUUUGUGAGCUGUUGUGCCAGGCAGCAGGAAGACUUAACACUUGAAGUGCUCUUCCCAAAACAAUACACUCAGGUGGGGAUAGGAAGAGCUGGCAGGUAUCCCCACCUUUCUGAGGAGCAGCUGCUCCUUGCUAGCCUCUGCUUAGAGGGUGGGACAUGGUGCUGGAGCCCUGUGGCUGGGCAAGGUGGAGGGCUGGGAGGCAGACACUGCCCAGAGUGGCUGCAGACAGCAGGGACACUGCUGGGCUUGUGCCAGGGGCCUGCUGAAGGUGCAGUGACUGAGCUGGGGGAUGGCUCAGGCCAGGAUGCCAAUGGUGUCAGAGUGCACAGUCCUGGCACCAGGUCCCUGCAGCCUCAGAAACAGCCCUGGGGCAGUACUGUACCCCCUUGCAAGGACUGGAGGCUUGGCCAGACCCAAACCAAGCCCCCGUGAAUCCUCUGGGAGCUGUGUUGAAAGAGAAUUCCCUCCCUCCCCACCACCAGGCACUCCAAGCCACCCAAGAGCUGCUGGAGCCUUGGUGCCACCCUGCAGCUCAUGGAUGUGCCACAAAGCCCACAGGCACUGCUGCUCAGCCAGCUGCCAUCAAAGCAGCAGCCUGAACACCUUGGCAAACUGAAAAGGUAGCUCAACCUUUAGGAAAUGGCACUAGGUCAUGCUGGAAGCUAGGCUGGAAGCUCAGCUCUGCUUGCUUAAAGCUUCUAUUUUAAUUCUGUUGGUAAUUUUGAAUUAUAGAGAGUCAUAAAAAGAAGUCCCAGGGGAGUUGUGGCUGUAAAAUGGCAGCUGCUCACAGCAAGAAUAUGGUGGUGAAGGCUGUGGUUCUGCAGGGGGGCUUGUUAAAGUUUUGGCAAAACAUGGCACUGACAGAAAACAAAGAAGAAGAGGGGGCUGGGGAGACUGACGGAGCAUCUGUCUCUCAGGAAUGCUCUUGUGCCAUGUCCUUCUCUACAGGCUGGCUCCUCACCUCUGACCACACACCUCACACAGUGACAUCAAAAAGGAACCGGAGAUUUAGAUUUGUGCCCAGUCCCACCCAGCAGAGGUCAGCAAGCUGGAUGGGAUGGAGACUGCUGUUAGGUAUAAACACCUGCAACCCUUGCUUUCCAGGGGUUUUAUCUCAGGAAACUUCCUACAGAUGCAAAGGGAAUGGGAGCUGCUUUUCAGCUGAAUAUAAUUUAUUGCACAUUUUACAUUUACUUUGAGAUUGACAGAACGCUGGCUAUAAGUGAAAUAAAGCCCUGCAGCAGGAACUGGUCACAACUGAGAAGUUUUGGUUUUAAUAAAAACAAAUGAACACCCCUUCAUUAUAUGAACUUGUUGUUUUACAGGGGAAAGCAUUUCUUUUGGAAAUCUCAUUCUCCUGGUGCAGUGACCUGAGCACAGAGAACCACAGCUGCACAGAACAGGGGCCAGGUCUUGUCAGGAAAGGAGUUAUGGCAGGAGUUGUCAAAAGCAAUUCUGCACUGCCAAGACAUGGAUGUCCUCCCCUCUGCUCUCACCCAGGAGCAAUGAAGGCUGGUCUGGACUCAGCCAAAGCAAAACUAUGAUCAAGGAACAGCCACCAUGAUUCCUUGU